ACGUAGACAAGAGUGAAUCUGUCCCAGUCCGACAACCAACGGAGGAGCGAGACGGAAAACAGCAAGAAAAACAACCAGUAAAACCAGUAAAAGUCGACUCAAACCCACCAGAACCAGCACCGACUCUAAGUCAAGAUGGUGGCCAAGCAGAGGAUCCGGAUGGCGAACGAGAAGCACAGCAAGAACAUCACCCAGAGAGGAAACGUGGCCAAGUCAACGAGGAAUAUGACUGAAGAUAAAGGCGUCGGACCGUGGCUGCUCGCACUCUUCAUCUUCGUUGUCUGUGGAUCAGCAAUUUUCCAGAUCAUCCAGAGCAUCCGGAUGGGGAUGUAAAGUCACAUGACCAGCAGGGGGCGGAGUCGAGCAUCAUCCCGACCCCGCCCUGAUCCGAAGCGACCGAAACAUUCCUGACCCGUGUGCGCCGUUGUAGCCCCGCCCCUGCGUUUACUCCGUGUGGAUGUGUUUGUUCCAUGUGUUUGUGUUCGUGACCUUCUCACAGUGUUUCUCUGAAUAAGCCAUAGACCUGCCUUAGCCCCGCCCCCUCUGCAGCGGCGGGGGGAGGGGUCAGAGUCCACCUGCUCUGGAAAAAACAUCAGGGUUUAAUCCACACUUUCAGCCAUGUUACAAGGAUGUCCACGAAAUAACUAAAAAUGCUGAUUAUUUAGCUUUUCAAAAACUUAAUUUAGGUUCUACUUAAUGUCAUAAUAUUGGGACUUAAAUGUGAUUUGUUAAAAACGCACAACAAAACUAAUUAACAAAUACAACUUAAACUAAUUCUCACACAGAACAGAUGGUAAACUCAAUACUGUUGGACAAGCUGGGUUUUUAUGGACGAGACAUGCAAAAAAAAAUUGACUAAAAAAUGUAGUUAAAACUGGGGUGAAUGUUAUAUUGUUGGUAUUUAUUUUCAUAAUGUGCUUGACUUGAUGAGACACUUUAUUACUUAAAACACGAGUCUUGUGCUUUUAUGUUCUUUAUUUACUGUGGUGAAAUCCUGUACAGAUGAACAGCAGCUGUGACUUAGACAAACUUUAACGUCUGAGUUCUAUCAUUAAUCUGUAAAAACACACAGUUUAGUAGAAGAUGGAGCUGUUUGUUAAAUUAUUUGUAAGUCGGAUUUGUUAAAAGUCCAUAAAAUCACCAGACUGUGACUUUUUAAGGAAUAAAAUGUCUUCUCAAAGAAUAAAAAUCAGCGAUUAUGAAUGAACAUACUGUAUGUAAUAUUAACAGAUAUGUUGUUAGCCAAAUGCUAAUGUCAGAGUGAACAUUACAGUCAUGAAUAUUGAAUAUUAUUGUUGAAAGCUAACUUUUACUGCUUAAAACUAGCUUUGAUUGUUAGCCUCUGCUAAAGACAUGGAACCUCCUUACAUUCCUGUAACAUCGUCCACAUUUUCAGUAAUCGUUUGUCUUCCUCAUCUUAAGAAAUGCCAAAACUAAAGCUCUCACAGGGUUUUUGUCUUAAAUUUAAUCUCAGAAAAAUACUAUUUUCUUAGGAAAGAGAAUGUCACCAGCAGCUAACAACAGGAUAACCACUGUUAGCUUUCUUAUUAGCUAUAGACAUUUUUAUAGCUCACCUUAACAGAAUGCUCAAAUUGACAUUUCCACUCAUUGUUUUGUUUUCCUGGACUUAAGAACAGCAAAAUUUCACAGGAUUUUUAGUUCAGGGUUAAUCCUACCAAACCUAGCAGCUUAGCAAAGAGGCUAGUUAACAACAGAAUGGCUGCUAUUAGCUAUGUUGGCUAAAGACAGCUGUAGCUCAUUAUAUGACAUUAAUAAAAUUCUUGUGACAUUUAAAUGUAAUUAUUCUGUCCACGUUAAGUAAAGAAAAACUUAGAGUAAAGACACUUAAGAUGCUAAAGAUGUGUGUAACUCACUGUCUUUAAGUUAGCUAAAGACUAUUAGUGCUAUUUUAGCUAAAGACAAAGUAGUUCUAUACAUUCCAGUAAUAAACCCAUGAUGUUAACAUUUCCACACAUGGUGUUUUCGUCCAGAUUAUAAGAAAAACUAAAACAGAUUUCCGUGUUUUAUCUAAUGCUAACUGCCCUUAGCCGACAGGUUAGCUAAUGCCAGUCACAUCAUCAUGUCAUCUUUAAACAUGUUUUAAUUUUCUUCAGUCUUUUUUUUUUUUUUUUUUUUUAACAGUUAUUAAUACACCCCGAUGUGAAAAAGACUGAUCUGAUUGUUUAGUUGGUGGUCGGACUUAUGUUCAACUUCAUGCUGCUAUUUCAGUGCUUUAUUCUCCUGUUGUGAACGCUCAGUCCUGGUGUUUUCAUGCUUUACAUUCCUGAUCCUGAUCCGUCGUGUCCUCGUCCUCAGUGGAAAUGAAAUCAAAUGAGAUGAAGGUCUUUUGAAUCAGAAGGUUUGGAGGUGGCGACAGGUGAGUCUGCACCGUGUGUAGACUCACCUGAACUAACGUUGAACUCACGUAAUAAAAGUUCCUGUUGAAGGUGA